CAUCAGCAACAGCAGCAGCACCGCUGACGCCACCACCACUACCGCCAUCAGCAUCACCACCUCCACCAGCAGCAGCAGCAGCAGCAGCAGCAGCAGCAUCGCCGACGCGACGAGCGGCGUCGGCGUCGACGUCCUACCGGCGCGACGCGAUCUCGUCCUACCUUGAGAGAGAGAUCGAGUCCGACUCGUGCGGGGGUGCGGGCCGCACACGGUUCGCCGAAAGUCCUCGCGUCCGACCUUCGACAUACUCGUGAAUAUACAUAGAACAUUGGCGAACAACGCGUUGAUCGUUCCUUAUUUUCUAUAUAUACAUAUACAUAAUAUAUAGAUAUAUAUAUAUAUAUCAUAUAUAUUAUAUAUAUAUUAUAUAUUAUAUAUAUAAAUGUAUAAAUAUAUAUAUGUAUACAGGCACGAACGUAUACGUGUAUAUACAUAGGUGUAAUUUCACUUUUCAUUCUCAUGAUCGCUCGUGUUACCGAGAAAUAAAUUUUCCCGCGUCCGAUUUGGUUCAGAAGAUAAAUAGAGAGAAAGAAAGAGAGAGAGAGGUAAUCAGUGAAGUAAGUAAUCGUCGUGUAUUCGAGAAGAAGGAAUUUUCUUUGGGAACACGUUCGUUCUAUUUCUUCGAGAGAAGAUAAGAUAAAGGUGAGAGAAAGAAAAAGAGUGAGGGAGAGGGAGAGAUAGGGAGAGAGAUAGAGAGAGAGAGAGAGAGAGAGACAGGGAGAGAGAUAGACAGACAGACAGAUAGAGAAAGAGAAAGAGAGAGAGAGAGAGAGAGAGAGCAAGAAGAAGAUUCUAGUUGGAUUAUAAGGAAGAAGUGUACUUCGUGUAUCUGGCUCAUCCUAUUUCGAGAAGGGGAAGAAAGGGCAGAGGGUGUCACUCCGCGAUUUUACCUGACGACCGAAAGAGAACUUUCCUGCUACGAAGUUUCAAGGGUAGCCACCAAAGAGAAAAAAGGAAAGGUAGUGCGCGUGUUUGUGUGCGUGCUGUCGAUAUGGCCAAUAGCGAUUGAGUAUCAUCUUUGCACCGAGCAUUCUGCGGACACUGUAUGUAUAUUCAAUACCGGGAAAAUGAUCCGAGAUUACCUGAUGCUGCUUUCGUGGUUUUGCGCUGUACAAGGAAAGAUAGGAUAUUUCUGGCACAUCACCGACAUUCACUAUGAUCCAAAGUACGGCACCCAGGGAAAUGCUGGGAGUGUCUGCUGGAAUACGAGAAACAACAUUGAAGGGGUUCCGAGCAGACUCGACAGAAAGCUGGCUGGACAGUUUGGUGACUAUAGCUGUGAUACGCCAUGGGCAUUGAUCGAAUCAGCAGCACAGGCAAUGGAAUCAAAACACGACGAAGGAAUCGAAUUCGUCCUGUGGACGGGUGACGCGCUGACGCGUACAGCCAUGAGCGGCGAGCUUCGACUGCAGUAUUUGCAGAAUUUGACUGAUCUGUUGUCCCGCACGUUCAAGGCGCAAUUUGUGUUUCCUGCAUUGGGACACGAAGACAUAGGCGUGAGCUUCGAACAACUCUCUCUACUCUGGCAACAAUGGUUGCCUCAAGAAGCCAUGGAUACAUAUUUAAGAGCUGGCUAUUACACGAUCGAACAGAGCUCGGAGAAAUAUCUGAUCGUCUUCCUCAACACGAACCUUUGGAUGGAUCUAUCGGAAAAUCGUAUGGCACAUCGUACCAGCGGUAUCACCGUUGAUAGCUCCCAGGAUCCAUUUGGGCAAUGGCACUGGUUCGAAUCCGUUUUGAAAAAGGCUCGGAAAGAAGAUAAAGCGGUGUUCAUCGUCGGUCAUACACCACCAGGAGUUGACGAUCGCGAGAGCGGUGCCGCAACCCUGAACGAGAGGCACAACGCCAAGUACCUUCAGGUGGUACGUCAAAAUGCGGACAUCAUACGCGGACAGUUCUUCGGGCACUGGCACUCUGACACGUUUCGUGUCAUCUACAGUGACACUGGAAAUCCAGUCUCUUGGAUAAUGAUAGCCCCUAGUAUAACGCCGAAUACACCAGGGGGAGGACCCAACAAUCCCGGAUUGAGGCUGUACGAAUUUGAAACUGGUACAGGACAAGUUCUGGAUUAUAAGCAGUAUUAUCUUGAUCUAAUGGAAGCCAAUAAGCAAGGCUUGGCAGAUUGGAAGAUCGAGUAUUCCCUCUUAGAUUAUUACAAACUGAAGGAGAUAACUGCGAUCAGCCUACAUGAUCUCGCCGAUCGAUUCACGCAAACCAGAGACAACGCUUUCGUAAGGUAUUACGCAGCUAACACGGUAUCACUGCAACGCGAGGUCGAGUCGAUUUGGGGUUGCGGCGGUCCUUUGAACGGAGUCUGUGCUUUGCAUCAUUAUUGCACGGUCACCCGACUCAACGUGAACUUGUUCAAGCAGUGUUACGCCUCCUACGCAUAUCCAUUGGCAUCCAGAGGCAUCUCGACGACGUAUCGCAGCCUGUCUCUCGUCCAUAUCUUGCUAUUCCUCCUUUUGCUGUUCGUAAAUCUACUGCAAAACCGGUAGGAUGCGGAAACGAAGAGCUCUCUCGGAGCGGCUACGAUCGAAGCUGUCACCUCCGCGGCCGCUUACACGAACAUUUACUAAGACACUUACAUCUCACACAUGCAGAGAUACAAAUACAGCUACGUUUCUUCUUUAGUCAUCGUGUCGUCCCGAGAAUCAGGGUCGAAGCGCCCGCACUCUCUUCGUCGAGAUAAGUAAAUCCUCGUUCUAGGAUAGCCGACUAUAAUGGCGAACGUAUCUCGACGUAAAGAACGUCGCAAGCGCGAUCUCCUUUGUCUCCUUCCUUCUCUCUCUUUCUCUCUUUCUCCUUUUCUUAUCCUCAUACUCCUUUUUACCUAACCACCCCUUUUACCGACAUCUUUAUUCUUUUUUCCUAGAUCCUACAUGUGGGUACUCUACGAUAGUCACAUCGUAUUCGGUGUUUUUAAGGAUAUAAAUGCGAAUUUCGUCCAACGGAAUGAUUGGAAUCGUUGAAAUUUUCCUACUCCACCUCUUCUUCCUCUUCCUCAUCCACCUCCUUCUCUUCCUCAUUCUCCUCUAACAUCGAAUCGUGUUCGUGCCAUCGGCAAAACGAGAUUUCCAGUUCCAUUUUCGCCCCCGCAACAUUAUCUACGCUAUCGCGAGUCGGACUAGAAAUUUUCUCGGUCGACCUGACGGCUGCUUUUCUAGAUUUUCUGCUCGGAAACCCUUAUCCUCUUAUUCUUCUUCUUUUUCUUUAUUUUAUUUUUUCUACUCUUUCUUCUUUUUCCACUUUUUCUUUUUCUCCUUCUUACUCUUUCUUUUCGUUACGUUGUAUAUAUAAACCUACAUCUUCCAGCGUUUCUCGGAUGGUUAGGACGUUGAUCGAAUGGAACGUUUUUCGAAACGCGAAUGACGGAUGAUUAUUCUGGAUCUGGAACGUUCGUUUUAUCAUUGCUCUAUUGUUUGCCAAAGUCAACGUUGUUGUUUCUUUAAAGGGGGUGAGAGGCUUUGAGCGGAGUCGACGACUCGGGAAAGUGACAACGUCGGAGUGCAUAGCUUAAAGAGCCAUUAUAUUCGUACCACCAUUUUGCGAUUGUCGAAACGAUGCAGUAUUUCUUAAUAAAGGAUUCAUGGAUUUGUAUGAAAA